AUGUUCCGCCCGCUCUACCGAGAGGAGGCCGGAAGGUUAUCCGACUUCCGGCACCACCCUUCGAACGCCUCCGAAGACGGUUCUUGGGAGGGGACGGGGGACUGGUGGCCCCGCCCCCGGUCCCCGCCCCCCGCCGGCGCGGCCGACACCUAUUACGCCUCCGGUGACUACGACUCGGGCAUGUACAUGAACUCGUUCCCGGGACCCCAAGGCGCGUCGUCUCUGCUGCCCGCGGUGCCGACCUUCGAGGAGAGCGGCACGCGUGUGAGCUGGGCGGACCACCGGGGACACAACCUGGCAGAGGUUCACGAAAUCGAGCCGGGUUACAGUCGCGGAGACUUCGCGCUGCCCGGUCACGUCGGCUUUAUCACGGAGGCUUGCCGAAGGGACAUGUCCAAGAAAGAAGAGCAGCUUCUCAGCCUCGAGGACCACGAGAGACUUGCUGCCGCCGCCCUCGAGUCUGAUGUGCUCAGAGGAAGGGGGUACGGGAGCGGCGCGGGCGGCGACAGCGAGGGAACCAUCUCGGACUCGGAGAACAGUACCACCGGAGACCUCGACGGCGGGUACCAGAGCAACAGCAGCGGCGGUGGCGGCGGCGAAGGGAGAGAGAGAUCGGCCAGUGACGAUGGCUCGGGGGGCGAGAGGCGGAGAAACGCCUCUUCUAACCCCGCACUGCUGCCGAACUCGCCGGCGUCGUCAGGCGGAUCUCAGGACGGUGACGACGCGAGCGAGACGGCGGCGGCCGGGAGCGAGGACGGCAAAAGGAAGGAAGGCGACGCCAGGGCGAAAGAACGGAGCAACCCCCAGCAGAACGGUCCGCGGACCAGCCUCAAGAACAACAGCGGCGCUCCGAACAACCUCAGCGACUCGCAGAGCAGCGCGCAGAACAGCCCGCGGAACAGUCCGCAGAGCAGCCCGCGCCGUAGCCUCCGCGGGAGGCGGGAACCGGGGGACGAAGGGGGUUCAGAGUCGGGCUGUUCGUCGAUCCACUCCCCCCAGCGGUGCUUCUCCCCCAUGGAAGACAGUUCGCCGCUCGGGGCGCAGUCGUCCACGAUGGCGCCGCAGAGGCGGUUCACGUCGCCCAGCGGGCGGCGUUCCCCCCCCCGGUCACCGUCCGUCUCGUCACCGGGCUCGUCGCGGUCGGGCAGCGUCGCGGAUGGACACGUCAUGUUCGAGAGCGGCGAGUCUUCCGACCAGAGCCACGGAGACACGGUGUGCCGCCCCCCGCUUGCGCACAACCCGUGGGGCAACCACCACGAGCACCAGCACCAGCAGCCCUGGGAACUGGACGCCUCGGGUUCUCGAGAAAAGCCGCGCUGGGAGUCGGGAAGGGGGCGAAUAAACGGAGGAGGCAGUCACGCCGCCGGUGACCCGGCGCGAAGGGGUAGAGGCGGGCGUGUCGAAGGGCUGCGGGGACGAGGUAGGGGCGUCGAGGACGAGGAAGAGGAGGAGGAGGACGACGAAGAGGAGGAGAAGAUGUACCGCACGCGAGCGACGGCGGCCAUGCUGCUGGGCGUCAAGAGCACGAGCGUGGACUCACGCAAGGGCUUGGACGUCCAGGGAAGGGACCGUAAGCGCCGUCGCCGCGACCUCGACGGAGAUGACGUCGGUGGCUCUCUCGCGCCCUUGACCGGUAGUCGCAGUGGGGGGAGCGGGGGAGGCGCCGCAGGGGAAGCGGACGCCUCUUCUCGCGUUUUUCCGGAUAACGGAACGGUACGGAAUUCCCCAUGGUUCGAGCAUCAUGGAGGAAUGCCGUUGCCUCGCGAUGGCGGCGAUGUUGUUGGAUCGGCCGCGAGGUGUUCUUCGGAGCGUAGCGGCGGCUGCGGCAGGCCGAGAACCAGGCGGCGCGUCGAGGCUAACGACAGAGGGGGUGGACAGGCGGAAGGAGGAGGAGAGGGCGCCGGCGUUGAUACAAUUGUGAAGGGCGCGGGGGGCGGGAAGUGA